AGGCGGCAGCGCCCGCCCGCCCCGCGCCUCCUCCGGGGCCGCCCCGCCGCGCCGGGGAUGCGGCAGCCGCCGGGCACCGCCGGGCCCCGGAGCCCAUGGGAUGCGCCCGCCGUCGCCUGGCUGGUGUAGGAUUUUGGCAGAGCUGGCCAUGAUGUUAUGGUUUGUGGUGGGGGCCCUGUUCCCAGCGCUGCUCCUGGCCGCUCCACCGCCCAUAAACAAGCUCGCCCUCUUCCCGGACAAGAGUGCCUGGUGUGAGGCCAAGAACAUCACCCAGAUCGUGGGGCACAGCGGCUGCGAGUCCAAAUCCAUCCAGAACAGGGCCUGUCUGGGACAGUGCUUCAGCUACAGCGUCCCCAACACCUUCCCCCAGUCCACAGAGUCCCUGGUGCACUGCGACUCCUGCAUGCCAGCCCAGUCCAUGUGGGAAAUCGUGACACUGGACUGCCCAGGCAACGAGGAGAUCCCCAGGGUGGACAAGCUGGUGGAGAAGAUCCUGCACUGCAGCUGCCAGGCCUGUGGCAAGGAGCCGAGCCACGAGGGAGCCCUGUUCAACGUGUACCUGAACGCCGAGGAGAACAUGCCCCACGAGGGGCCCGCGCCCCACCACUACCCCCACCAGCAGCAGGAGCUGGAGGAGCCGCCGGCCUCCAGCCACCACCACCACCACCACGAGGAGGAGGGCGAGGAGUGACCGUGUGGACUGUCCUGGCAGGGCCCUGCGAGGGCCUGGGCCAGGCUUUGGGGAGGGAGGGGGGUGCUGGAGCCGUUCCUGUCCAACCGCUGCCCUGGUGACACCGCGGGACGUCCCGAGGUGUGGGCAGGGCUGGAGCUGCAGGCUGAGGCACCAGGGCUCGGCCUUCAGGAUGCACAGAAUAAUAAGAAUAGUAAUAAUAAUAUAUUGAGAGGAGUGCUCUGGCUGAGAGCAGGGGCUGGGCUGGGCUCCCAGGGCUCUCUGCAGGCUCCCGGCCCUGGGGGGAGCCCUCCCAGUCCUGCUGGGUUCUGGAGGAGGAAGGGAAGCAGCCUCUCCAGUGCCACGAGAGAUCCACACCUCUCCGGGGCGGUGGGAUCAGCAGCACCCCUCCUGCCUCCUCUCUCUCCCUCAGGAUGGACGUGCUCCUGGCACCCUCUGCAUCUUGGUCUGGGCCCAGCCCUUUGUAGCAGGUGGCUCUCGGGGAGGGUUUUGCCCCAGGAUGUGCCUCUGGGGCUGUACCUGAGGGUAUUGGAGCCUUGGUGGUGACAGCCCUUACCUGCUGUCCCCAGCACCACCACAUUGCUCCCUGGGGAUGAGGGACUUGGAUCAUGAGCGCUGAGGCUUCACAUUUUGGGGCUGCAGGGGAAGGCCGAGAGCUGAAGGGGGGUCUGGGACCCCUGUCCCCCCUCUCUCUGCUGCACUUUCAUGGUGGCAGAGGGAGAAGGGGCUGAGGGCUGGAACGUCCCUGGGCAGGGAGUGCUUGGGCAGGGCUGGGGGCCGGGGGGAGCAUGGCCUCUGCUGCCCCUCUCUCUCUCUCUGUUGUAUAAAGCUGAUUCCUUGGCGUUGUCCUGACAAGAGCUUCCAGAGCUUGUAAUCGAAUGCCUCCCCCUCCUUUUGACAAGUUUUGUUUUUUUUUUCUUAAAUAAAUUAGUUCUGAGUUCCACUGCUCA